AUGGAUCGCUACGAAAUCGUAGGACCAAUUGGCCAAGGAGCGUACGGAAUCGUGUUGCGUGGCAAAAUAAGAGAAAGCGGCAAAAUUGUGGCAAUCAAGAAGAUGACGAUCACAUCACGAAAUCAGUUGCAAAUUCUUCGAGAGUUAUGUUCACUUAGAAAUCUUCACCAUUCCAAGGUUUUGAAGCUGAUUGACGUCUUCUGCUCACGUGAUUCGCUUUCACUAGUAACCGAAUUCGUGGCAUUUCACUUGAAUGACGUCAUCACCGAUCCUGGUAGACCGCAUUGCGAUGAAUUCCUCAGGUGA